CGUUUCUUGGCAUUUGUUAACCUUAAUCAAAAUAAGGUUCUAGGCAUUUUUGAACCUUCACAUUCCUGAUCCCUCAUCGUCUUUCUAUCGUCCGUCAUCUCGCACUAGCUGUUAGUUACCUUGAGAAAUUUUGCCAUCAUGACCAAUUUUUUAGGCUCUGGUGUUCUCUUAAUCAUCUAUCUCGCGACAGUUUCAAACUGGGAGAAAAAGAUCUAGCUCUAAAUAGUAGCUGCACAUUGAAUGUGUUAUAUAGACACCUCACUAAAUAACUAAUGUGAACAAAAUCAGGGCGAGACACAAUCCGAAAACAAAUCAUCCCGAAGAGGCACCGUUGCUGCUGCCGCAACAUCUGCAAGUGACCGACUCUCAACAGGUACAGAACUUGCCAUGUUUGAGGGGUUUCUUUGAUAUGCACGAAAUAAUUGAAGAGAGUGCCUCGGAGAGUAGAAUUGAGUCGUGUUGAUAUACUCAUCUGGUAAGCCUCCUAGGUGUCAAAUGGAGUCGGUGUUGUCACUGUUGUGCUGGUCACAAUCCACUUCUGAAAUGAUGAAUCUGCCUUACCAACCCCUGGACUCCCGUCCGCAUCUGCUUUCUCCCUCCCUUCAUAUUUCAUAUCUGCCUUGACGUAACGGUUCCCAUAACAGUGGACGAAGAAAUUCAUAUCAGUCAGAAUAAUCGUGCCGGUUUCUGUCCUGAUGAGACCAGGGUUUAUUUGGCGCUGGCAAUUGGGUCGGCUUGACGGUGAAUGGAAAAUGGGAGCCAAAAGCUAGAGGACAGGAUCUCGCGAGCUUAUAGGGAACGAAGAGCCGAAAAAAGGUUGCCGAUCUUGCUUUUGUCAUUGUUUCCUUGCUUGCUAAAACUUUGAAUCUCUUUUCUUUAGUCUUUAAAAACAACAGGGUGAAAUGAUUACCUCCUUCUUUGUUAAAUGUUCUGAAGUGUAACACAACCAAAAAGGCGUCGGCUUUUCGUCUGAUCUCCAUCGUCCGGGCUGGUGUGUGCAUUGCGCACGAACGCCAAUAUUAAAUAUGGAAUGGUGUUCGGUUAUCAGUUUCCCGCCCACGUACCUUACCUGGUUCAUUGUUUCUCAGGCGUCCACCUCACGGGUGGUGGAUUCUGGGUUUUGCGCCGCCAAAUCGACUAUACCACGGCAUAAUAUCUGGCCCAAGUCGUUUUCAGUUCUCCUGGCUUUGAUAUCAUCGAAAAUUGUAUUUGGGAGAGAGGUUUUGGGAGAGGACAAAGAUCCACAUUAUUAUUAUUCGUUGGCAACUCCCGCAGAAACGGAUGCUCCAACUUCUGGAUUCCCCAUGAUGGAAAAUGCCGCUUUAAAUGCUGCGACGCAGGUCCGGACAUAUCCUCUAGGAAUGGAACCCAAGGCACCAACUGCAACGUACAGUACAAAAGUUACCCCACAAAACGUAGCGGCUAAAAAUUAG